AUCAAACAAUUUUUUGGUAAAAAUAUUAAUGAUCGGUAGAAUUAAAACAUUUUAAGUUUCAUCAUUUUAUUAAAUUCUGACUAAUCGGAACCUAUUAAUUCGUAAAAUUUAUUUCACCUACGACUAUAUCUGAAGUUAUGGAAUAAUAUAAUUAAUAAUUUCAAUAAUUUAGAAGCAAUUAUGUUAACUCCCGAAGAAAGAAUUAAAGAGCUGUCGUCAUUUAGUUCAAAAAUUGAUUUGAAUCCCAAUAUUGCUGCUAAAAAAUAUUAUCGAUCUGGUCAAGAAAUGAUCCGAAUGGCUGAUGUUUAUUUGAAAGAAAAAAACUUGGAACAGGCAUACAUUCUUUACAUGAAAUUCAUGAUAUUAUUCCUAGAGACAAUUCCAGAACACCCAGAUUUCAAAAAUGUACCAAUCGAUGAUCGUAAUUUAAUAAAUCAAUUACUUCGAGAAGUACUUCCUAAAGCAGAAAAUUUAAAAAAUAAAUUAAGGACACAAUAUAGCAAAGAAUAUGAAUUGUUUAUGCAGCAUAAAGAAUUACAAAGUAUAAAAGCAAAUCAAGAAAAAGAAGCAUUAGAAAAUAAAAAAAAUGCCUUCGAAAAUAACAUAUUACCUAUAAGUACUAAAAAAAUAAUUAGCGAACAAUGUUUGAAUUUUACAUCAGAAAAUAUAAAACCUCCAACAUUUUUUGAUACAACAUUAAAAAAUGAACCAUCAAGGCAAAGCAAUUUAUUAUUAGAAUUGAAUGCCAAACCAAAUGAAAUACCAAGCUCAUCUGGUUAUAUGUAUUCACCGAUCAAUAUUUCUGAAAAUAAACCAGUUGUUGAUAGAAGUACUAAACCAAGCUUAAUAAAAAGUACUUAUAAUCUACGAACAGUAAUAGUACCAGGAAAUUUAAUAGAACGAUUUUUAGAACAUGCUAAUAGUAAUACUAUGAAAAAUUUAGAAACAUGUGGAAUACUUGCUGGAAAAUUGAGUUCAAAUAGUUUAAAUAUAACUCAUUUAAUGAUUCCAAAACAAAGUGGUACUUCUGAUUCGUGUACAACAAUGAAUGAAGAGGAUAUUUUUGAAUUUCAAGAUAAAAAUGAUUUAAUUACUUUAGGAUGGAUUCAUACUCAUCCGUCCCAAACAUCUUUUAUGUCUAGCGUAGACUUACAUACUCACUACUCUUAUCAAUUAAUGAUGCCAGAAGCUCUUGCUAUUGUAUGUGCACCAAAGUAUAACAAGAACAAUUUCUUUUUUUUAACACCGUAUCAUGGUCUUCAAGUUAUAGCAAACUGCAAAAAUGUUGAAGGUUUUCAUACUCAUAACACAGAUGGUGAUAUAUAUGCUAUUGCUGAACAUUAUACACUAAAUAAUAGUUUACAUGUCAAUGUGGUAGACUUCAGAUAAAAAUUAAAUUUUUAGUCUGUGUCAGUGCAAUUUUUUCUAAAAUUA